GUCUUUAAUUAUUGUCUCUUUCAAUAAGCCAAUAAGAGGUCGAUGAAUAGCUGCAACAAUCCUACUCGUCCUCGUCUUCUUCUUCUUUUUCUUUCCCUUCCAUAUUCUAGAUGAACGGCGAUAGGCAGCGGUUGUGAAUUCCGAGCAAGUGGAAUUCAUUCCAACUCUGAACUGAUUCUUUGAGUUGAGAAGUUCACAAUUGGGGUUGGUUUAGAUUACUGGCCGAUUCUGUUUUAUUUCUGCAACUGCAACUCUUUGUGUUGGUCAGGCUUUCUCACUUGAUUAAAGGAAAUUUGGAAUUGUAUUCGAGGCGGAAACGGGGAGAUGGGAUCUGAAGGAGCAAAGGAUGUAGUCAUUCAUGUUACUGGAUUUAAGAAGUUUCAAGGAGUAGCUGAAAAUCCCACAGAGACAAUAGUUAACAAUCUGAAGGAUUAUGUUGAAAAGAGAGGGUUGCCUGCUGGCCUUACUCUAGGAAGUUGCACCAUUCUUGAGACUGCUGGAGAUGGUGCUCUUCCCACGCUUUACAAGAUCUUGGAAUCGAGCACUGCAGCUACCAAUAAUGGCAAAAACGAACAAAUCGUUUGGCUUCACUUAGGGGUGAAUAACGGGGCUGUAAGAUUUGCCAUUGAAAGACUAGCAGCGAAUGAAGCCACCUUCUGUUGUCCAGAUGAGCUAGGAUGGCAACCUAAGCAACAUCCCAUAGUCCCUGGGGAUGGAGGAAUUUCCUGCACAAGGGAGACUUGUUGCUCUAUUGAGGUUAUACUGAAGUUUUUGAAGAAGAAGGGCUAUGAGGUGACAAUAUCAAAUGAUGCAGGUCGCUUUGUAUGCAACUAUGUCUAUUAUCACUCUCUUCGAUUUGCAGAACAGAGGUCACAAACGCUUUUUGUGCAUGUUCCUCCCUUUUCAAGAAUUGAGGAAGAAACUCAAAUGCAAUUUGUAGCGUCCCUUUUAGAGGCUAUUGCCGCAACAUGUCAAUAAAAUUGAUCUGAGUGUUUGUUUUUC